CAACAUUUAAUCAAGUCUGUGCUCUCGCAAGUACUUAAAGGUAUCGUCUCGUCAGCUAGCUAGUGUACGUACAACUUCGAGGUUGCGACGAUUUUGCAUUUUCUCUCAUCGCAACGAAGGUACGAAGAUCCAAAAUAACGACAAUCUACAACCGCCGAGCCGGUCUGCUGCUGCUACUAUACCAAGAAGUCGGCGUCGACGUCAUCGUCGUAGUCGAUUAGUUAAAAACAGCAGCGGUAUCAUCGGCGUCCUGGCUUGCUCGUGCUCUCCUCGACUGGUAGCGGUAGAUCGCUCAUCCGCAAGAGUAAAAAUAUGAGGACUCCUAGCCAUUCGAGCAGGAAAAAAAGCAAGAACCGCAGCAGGUUAUCCAAACAACAACAGCAACAGCAUCAACAGCAGCAGAAAAUUGAGACCAAAGAAGCAAGUCCCGGUGCUGCUAAAGCUGGCGCCGCUGGCGUCGACGCUUUACCCGUCCAAGAAUCUAAUAAAUAUGCUGUGGUGAUACCUUGGAAGGAGGAUGUAACUAAACCAGUUAAACUGCAGUUCACUGAAAGUAUUUCAAUACUUCCACAGGAUGGUUGCGUGGAGGAAGAGAAAAGUUCUCCCCACAAGAAUACUAUCACGAUCAGCGAUAGAGAAAAAGAAGAUAAGGCUAUCUUGAGUUCCCUACCAGUUGCUGUGGCCAAAGAAAUUGAUGGCUAUGAAAAACAAAUCGGGGAAGCCGAAGCCCUUCCCAACUCAUAUGUCAGGUUUAUGGAGCGCAGUGGAGAAGAACUAGACGGAGAAGUUGAGUAUGAUUUAGAUGAAGAGGACUCGGCAUGGUUGGCCAUAGUUAAUGAAAGACGAGCAGCCUCUGGAUUACCAAAUCUUGAGCCAGACGUUUUUGAGCUGUUGAUGGAUCGAUUAGAAAAAGAAUCCUACUUCCAACAACAGAGCAACGGUGGUAGUAGCAUAGCUACUCUUGGCACAGCUGCUGACGAAGAUGCUGUAUGCUGUAUCUGUAUGGACGGAGAAUGUCAAAACAGCAAUGCCAUUCUCUUUUGCGACAUGUGUAAUCUAGCUGUGCAUCAAGACUGUUACGGAGUUCCUUACAUUCCAGAAGGCCAAUGGCUUUGUAGACGAUGCCUCCAGAGUCCUUCAAGGGCCGUCGAUUGUGCUCUCUGUCCUAACCGAGGUGGGGCGUUCAAGCAGACAGAUCAAUCGGGUACAUGGGCGCACGUAGUUUGUGCUCUUUGGAUACCCGAGGUUAGAUUCGCCAAUACAGUGUUUCUAGAACCAAUUGACAGUAUUGAAAGUAUUCCAGCAGCUCGCUGGCGCCUCGUCUGUUGCGUCUGUAAACGGCGGAAUGUCGGUGCCUGCAUUCAGUGCCACAAGAGCAAUUGUUACGCCGCUUUUCACGUUACCUGUGCCCAACAGGCGGGACUCUGCAUGCGCAUGCGAACCGUCCAACCUACCAACGGCGAGCCCAUGUUGGUUCAAAAGACUGCCUACUGCGAGACACAUUCACCACCAGAUUAUCAACCCAAUACGAAUCCGACUGACGCUAGGAGGCGGGCUAUCGCAAACAAGAAAAGCUCCAGUGCACCAGUUAUCUCUAUACCAACCAUUCCACCCGAGCGUAUUCGUGAAAUAGCUAGCCUAGCUGAAGGAUUACCAAAAAAGAAUCAGCUUAUGCAGCGAUUAAUCGCCUAUUGGACGUUAAAACGCCAAUACCGCAAUGGUGUGCCAUUAUUGCGCCGACUUCAAAGUUCGCAUCCACAUCCACGGGCACCACCGUCGUUAAAUGAUUCUUCGUCGCCGACGCCAGAUUCAGAGUUGCGCGAAGAACUUGGUAACCAGUUGAAAUAUUGGCAAUGCCUUAGACAGGAUCUCGAGCGCGCAAGACUACUGUGCGAGUUGGUGAGGAAACGUGAGAAACUAAAGAAGGAACUGUUUAAAGUGAAAGAAAAGUGCAUGUGGUUUGAACUUAGACCAUUAGAUAGCUUAUUGAAAAUAGUGAUCGAAUUAUUGAAAUUGCGAGAUCCAAACGACAUAUUUGGUCAACCAGUCAACAUCGAGGAAGUUCCCGAUUAUUUGGACAUUGUCACUCAUCCCAUGGAUCUCUCAACCAUAGAGGCUAAAAUCGAUAGUCAAGAAUACGACUCGAUAUCUGCUUUCGAAAGUGAUUUCAAUUUAAUGGUAAGCAAUUGUCUUGCUUACAAUCGCAAGGAUACCAUGUUUUAUCGCGCGGGUGUCAAAAUGCGAGAGCAGGGCAGUAUUAUUAUUGAACAGGCUAAAAAGAACUAUCCUGAGUUUAACGGUUCCAAUGCAGUUGAAAAGCACGUCAUAGAUGAGGCUGAGCAACCACAGCAGCAAAACGUUACGAGUACGAAACGGAAACGUGAACGUAGCUCACGUGUCCGCAAUGACUCCGAAACAGUCAGUGGCGACAAAGAGACAUUGUCAUCGAGUGCUCUCAGCAUAAGCCCUGGAAACACAAGCAAUGCAAACACAAGCGGUACCGGUAGCGCUCUAGGUGCAGUCAGUGGUGGAGUCAAUCGUCGGACAGCCGUGCUCUUCACUCGGAAGGCCAAAGCUCGUCAAAGUCGUGGUCCUUUGCACCGUGCAAGCCCGGAAAAUGAGCAGAAGAAACAGAGCGAUAGUUUCCGGGUUUACCGGAGCGGAGGAACGGACAGUGACGUGGGUGAGCGGGACAGCCAGUCGUCGAGUUGCAGCAGUUGUUCGACUAGCCGGUCCACGAGUCUGGAGCGUGAAGACGACGAGAUGGAAGAAGACGAGGUGCCACGCGUUGUCACGGUCGUGCCCAACAAGACUAAGCACACAACGCCAAAACUCGUCAGUAAUGCGACUACCGUCAAUAAGAUGGAGAUUGACAGUAACGGCUCGUUGACGCCUCUACAGCUUGUUUGGGCCAAGUGUCGAGGUUACCCUUGGUAUCCAGCUCUGAUAAUCGAUCCCAACACUCCUAAGGGCACAGUGCACAGGGGUGUGCCAAUACCUUCGCCCCCAGAAGAUGUACUUGCACUGAAGAAUAAUCACAAAGAACUCGUUCAUCUUGUUUUGUUUUUCGACACCAAAAGGACAUGGCAAUGGCUACCUGGUGAAAAAUUAGAGCCUUUGGGGGUGUCGCAAGAAUUGGAUGACGGUAAAUUGAUCGAAUCGCGAAAACCUACUGAUAGAAAAGCAGUGAAGAAGGCUUAUCAGGAUGCGUUACUUUACCAAAAACAAACAACCGGUUCAUCGACGCUCAAUUCAUCAGCUAGCGAUUAGUGUGUUUUUUAAUGUCAAUUAGAUAGCUCUUGUAUAAAGUUUGUUUAAUCCGUUCAAAGGAUGACCAUAAUCGUUGCUUUUUUCGUAAGAAAGCUCAUUAUGUUUAAUAGACGUUUCACG